UGCUCCCAUUCUUCCCUUCUUCUUCCUUUCAACCAAACCCACUGUUUCAUUUCAUUAACUCUCUGUUUGACAAAAGCUUUAGGCGCAAGAACAGUUUCAUUACGUCUUCUAUUCUCUAUGAUAUUCCGCGUCUCAAUGUCGACCUUAGCCCCACACAAGUACCCACAAAGUCCCCACCAACACCAAUCCGCCGUGUGCCGCCCGCUCGUCCUCCUCUGCCGUGGUGCUCGAGUCUAUUGUUCUACCUCCACCACUGCCAAGUUGACCUCCGAUGCUGCACAAUUAGUCGUGGAACAUCAUCAGCUUGUGUCCCCUAAAGCAGUGGUUAUUAACCAUCCUUUAACUAAUGAUCCAAGUUUACGAUCAACGUGGUCACAUCGAGCCUGGGUUGCAGCCGGGUGCACCACUGUGCUUGUUUCAUUGGCUAAGUGCAUUAGUCAAGCAACCAUCAUGCAGGUUUGGUUCGAACCGGUUUUGGCCGGUUGGGUCGGCUAUAUUUUGGCCGAUCUAGGCUCUGGGGUUUACCAUUGGGCUAUUGAUAAUUAUGGAGAUGAGUCCACACCUGUGUUUGGUCCUCAAAUCGAGGCUUUUCAAGGUCAUCAUAAGCGGCCAUGGACCAUAACAAGACGUCAAUUUGCUAACAACUUGCAUGCGUUGGCUCGUGCGGUUACAUUCACAGUGUUACCUAUUGGACUUGUUUGUAAUGAGCCUACGGUUCUUGGGUUUGUUGGGGCGUGUUCUGGUUGCAUUAUGUUUAGCCAGCAGUUUCAUGCAUGGGCGCACGGGAUGAAGAGCCGGCUUCCGGCGCUCGUGGUGGCGUUACAAAACACCGGAGUGCUGGUGUCACGAUCGCAACAUGCCACCCACCAUCGGGCACCAUAUAAUGAAAACUAUUGCAUUGUGAGUGGAGCUUGGAAUGAGUUUCUGGAUAAGCAUAAGGUGUUUGAAGUGUUGGAGAUGAUAGUGUACUUCAAAUUUGGGGUUAGACCACGGUCUUGGAGUGAACCUAAUUCUGAGUGGAUGGAGGAGAUGGAGGUCGUUUCUUCUCAAAUUUCAGCCAAGUGAAAAUUUAACUUUUAUUGUUUUUGUUUUUUGUUGCUUUGUUGAAUGAAGUCUGAAAAUAUAUCAUUCAAAAAAUGAAUAAUUAUACAAUUUCAUAAACUUUAUUUU